CGUCCACGUCGUCGACCAUGCUCACCUCUCGCGGCGUCCACCGUCUCUCCCGUAGAGCGCUGAACAGCGCGAAGAAGACCAACGCGUUCUUCUCCAGCGCUGCCGCCGCGCCCAUCCUCGCCCGCGCAGCCUCAGCACCUUCUUCGUCACAACGCGCGCAGGCUCGUGCUCCUCGUGCGUCAGCGCAGGCUGCCCGCUCGUAUGCUACCGAGGCAAAGGGCCCAAGUGGUCAUGUAAAGACCGUCAUUGGUGCUGUCGUCGAUGUGCAGUUCGAGACUGAGAAUCUCCCCCCCAUUCUCAACGCGCUUGAGGUUGUCGACUUCCACGGCGGUCGUCUCGUCCUCGAGGUUGCGGCUCACCUUGGCGAGAACUCCGUCCGUACCAUUGCCAUGGACGGUACUGAGGGUCUCGUUCGAGGCCAGAAGGUCAUUGACACGGGUGCGCCUAUCAAGAUCCCCGUCGGUACCGCUACUCUUGGCCGUAUCAUGAAUGUCAUUGGCGAGCCUAUUGACGAGCGGGGACCUAUCAAGGGUGUCAAGCUGUCCCCCAUUCACGCUGAACCCCCGGCGUUCGUGGACCAGUCUACAACUGCUGAAGUUUUGGAGACGGGUAUCAAGGUCGUCGACCUCCUCGCUCCGUACGCUCGUGGUGGAAAGAUCGGUCUUUUCGGUGGUGCUGGUGUCGGCAAGACUGUGUUGAUUCAGGAACUCAUCAACAACGUGGCGAAGGCACACGGUGGUUUCUCCAUUUUCUGUGGUGUUGGUGAGCGGACCCGUGAGGGUAACGACUUGUACCACGAAAUGAUUGAAACCGGUGUCAUCAAUCUUGAGGGUGACUCAAAGGUCGCUUUGGUGUUCGGUCAGAUGAACGAGCCCCCGGGUGCUCGUGCCCGUGUCGCGCUCACUGGCCUCACCAUUGCGGAGUACUUCCGUGACGAGGAGGGUCAGGAUGUGCUCCUCUUCAUCGACAACAUUUUCCGUUUCACGCAGGCAGGUUCUGAGGUGUCCGCCUUGCUUGGUCGUAUCCCGUCUGCCGUCGGUUACCAGCCCACGCUGUCGACGGACAUGGGUGGCAUGCAAGAGCGUAUCACUACCACCAAGAAGGGUUCAAUCACAUCCGUGCAGGCUGUCUACGUGCCCGCCGAUGAUUUGACGGAUCCUGCUCCUGCCACCACCUUUGCCCACUUGGACGCGACGACUGUGUUGUCUCGUCAGAUUGCUGAGCUUGGUAUCUACCCCGCUGUCGACCCUCUUGACUCCAAGUCCCGUAUGCUCGACCCCCGUAUUGUUGGUAUAGAGCACUAUGAAGUUGCGACUGCCGUCCAGAAGAUCCUUCAGGAUUACAAAUCGCUUCAGGAUAUCAUUGCCAUUCUGGGUAUGGACGAGUUGUCUGAGGAGGACAAGUUGACUGUCGAGCGUGCUCGUAAGAUCCAGCGUUUCAUGUCGCAGCCUUUCCAGGUCGCGCAGGUCUUCACUGGUUUCGAGGGCAAGCUUGUGUCUCUCAAGGACACUGUCCGCUCCUUCAAGGAGAUCCUAUCUGGCGCACACGAUUCCCUCCCCGAGUCUGCGUUCUACAUGGUCGGCACGAUCGAGGAUGUCAAGACAAAGGCUGAGGAGCUCGCGAAGGAGAUGGGUGAGUCAUAAUCGGUGUGAGCUGGUAUGUCGGACGUACGUGGUGGACUGUUGGUUCGGAGCUUCUACGCAUAGAGCGAUCGCCAGCAAUAAAAAUGCUUUGAUGUUUCCUCUUCUGUGCGAUCCGGUCAAUGGUCAUGUUUCAUCGGAAA